GCAAGCACAAAGCAGACAAGCACAAAGCAGGCAAGCACAAAGCAGGCAAGCACAAAGCAGGCAAGCACAAGAUUGGCAAGCACAAGGCAGGCAAGCACAUGGUGGGCAAGCACAAGGCAGGCAAGCACAUGGUGGACAAGCACAAAGUGAGCAAGCACAAAGUGGGCAAGCACAAAGUGGGCAAGUACAAGGUGGGCAAGUGAAUGGCGAGCAAGAACAAGGUGGGCAAGCGAAUAGCAGGCAAGCACAAG